CGGCUGUCAAAGAGGCCCCGGCUGCCUGGACAGGAGGGAGGAUGGCAGUGCUGGGCAGGCUGACGUUCCUGCAGCAGCUUCCAAUGCUAUUAAAGGGGACCUCCGAUGAUGAAACCCCCUGCCCUGGAUACCUGUACGAGGAAAUGUCCAAGAUCUCCUAUGAGUCUUCUUCGAGCUGCCAGUGCCUCCUGGAGUAUCUUCUGAACCGCCUCCAGAACAACUCGUGUCAUGUCAAGUUGAAGGUCCUGAAGAUCCUGCUCUACCUGUGUUCUCACGGCUCCGAUCAGAUCGUUCAAGAUCUCCGACGUAACGCGGUGUAUAUACAAGAAGCUUCAGCUGUUAGUGGACCCCCAGACCCCCUUCAUGGUAUCAGUCUGUACCAGAAGGUACGGUCGGCUGGACAGGAACUUGUCGGAAGCUUAUACACAGAUCCCCCUAACCCUCGUACAUCCAGUAUGGUGCCAAACAAGGAGAGGUGCCAGCCCGGAAUGGGGUCUCAGGUCUCCCGCUCCCAAGGCUUUGGCUAUUCCCAGGAGAAAACUAAUUUAGGUAGCGAAGCCCUGCUUAGCGGCAUACAGAGAGCAGCCGUAGCCGUGACCCAGAAGGUGCUGGUUGGAGCAGGGUCACCGUCUCCUUGUCUCAGAGAUCAGACAGAUGACACCUACAAGCCGGUGGCAGUGCCCUUGCGCCCGCCGUCUGCCGGAAAGGCUGUGCCCGCUGCUGCUCAUGGCUUCCGAGGCGGUCACCGCAUAGGACUUCCCGGGGGAGGGUGGGACGACAGCGACAGUGGCCACAGCUCCCAAGACUCCUUACAAGACAAGUCUUCACGUAGCCUGUCCUCGGACGCCGGCAGCAAAACGGGCAGCGAUGGACAGUCUCGCAGCAGCAACCGAGAGAGUACAGAGAUUGCUGAAAGAGUGGAACCUGCUCAUCCGGGUGACUGUCUACAGGAGGCACAGUUGGUUUUCACCAUCACCAGGGGGCAAAAAGUUUUCCUUACCCAAGAGGAAGUGCAGCAUUUUGUUAGAGGGUGUUCACUGCUGAACUGCGAAGUCGUGUUCGAGAUGUUAAACCGCUCGCUGGAAGACGACGACACGUGCGCCCGACUGCGGUCCAUGUGCGCUAUCGCUUCCCUCAUGACCUCCGACCUUCUGUCACAUGACCACAUGCUGGCAGUGGUUAGGAACAACCUGCUGAAGCUGAGCCAGGGACCUUCAGGACCAGUGAAGGACAAGGCCAGGAAGAUUCUUCUCCAGUUUGAAGCCCUGACACAAACCUCUCCUAAACAUGGCGCCGCCCUCCAGUCACCCCCCUUGCCCGUUUCCCAAACCAACGAGCCCUUGGACCUUCUUACGGACGCCUUCCCCCAAACAGGAGCCGAGAAUCUACUGAUCCCUACUUGGCCGACUGCAACGCCAGAUCCCCCAGUGCCUACCAGCUGCCAGAACGGGAGCCAACAACAUACAGACGACGGCGGCGUGCCAACCAGCGAGGAGGGCCAACGUGGCCACGGCGAUACAGAGCCGUCUGCCCAGACUAAUCAACAUGGACGGUUGUCACUUUUUGAUGGCAUGGAGUUAGUGACCCCAGUAAGGAGACAUGGGAAGGAUGGCAAAAUGCCAAGUCUGACGCCACCUGAUAGGACCCCUGUCCAGACAACAUCACGGGAGAGGACUUCUCAGCCCGGCCUAUCAGCUUUCUCCUUCCUGAACAGUUAGCAUUGAUGGUGGUGCCAGCGCCAAGUCAGACAGGUGCCAGGUGACCCAUACUUUGUGCCCAUUUGGUCUCCUUCCCGUGGGGACUGGCAUUGUAGGCUGGCAGCAGAACUAUGCAGAAGAAACCUGCAAACACCAACUGAUAUUUAAAGGGCUCUGUAUCUAUCAUGGUACUAUACAGUGUGGAUUCUUAAAGGGGUACUCCGGUGGAAAACCUUUUUAUUUUUUUUAUUUUUUUAAUCAACUGGAGCCAGAAAGUUUAAACAGAUUUGUAAAUUACU